UUUGUAUUCUUCUACUUAUCAAACACCAUUUACUAUAUUUACGUAUUGAUUCAGUUUCAGCCAUUCAAAAUUUAAAGAAAAAAACUGCAUGUUUUUCAUUGUUAGUGAGUGUAGUCAGUAAGUCUAUACAAAGCUUAUAGGGUCAGUGCGGACCCCUUUCCUAACGAAGGUGAAAGUGCAGUUUUAACAAUAUCGAGAGCGUUGAACACGGCCUAGUGCGCAGGCGCGCAAAAACCGGCCGAACUCGCGUCUGAAUAAACAGCUCGGCGCUGCUUGGGAAACAGCGCUAUAUUCGAUCAGCCGGGGACAACCGCUGUCAUCCGUGAAAAGACAAAUUUGUCGUAAUUGCUUUAUUUUUUAUCCAUAGGUAGCUAUUAUAAUUAUAACACACUUAACCACAUGAAGCCUGAUGACGUCGCCCUUUUCAGACAAAUUGAAACUUUAGCACAGUGGCCACUAUUUACAUCCCAAACUCUAGGUAAUAUUUUUUUGACAUGGGACCACAGGAAGGUUAAGUAGGUAUGUUUAUUACUGUGGGUAAGCGCUACCCAAUUAUUAGCAAUUAAUCGGAAGAAACAGACAGGUGUGCAGCAAAUUAAUAUUGAUCACAGUUAACUGUACCCAUUAAGGCAGUUAACUAUUUCAAAAGACUUAGUAACUUAAAACCUAUAAACCGCAAAAUAAAAUGUUUUCUCAAUUUUGCAACAACUCGAACGUCUAACGAAUUUUGGCAUAAAUUAUUUGUGAUUAAUAACCCCCUUUUUUGAAGUCGGUUCAAAAACAGAACGAAGCCAGAAAGCAGCUAAAAGAAAGCAAAGUGUACAGUUUAGGGCACUGGGGUAAAAAGAUUCGAGGAGUUGGUGAGGGUUAAGCAAGAUGCGCGUGUUGUCGCGCGCGGUGCUGUGCGCGUGCGCACUGGCGCUGGGCGGCGCUGUGGCGGCGCUGCCGCCCGCGACGCUUGGAGACGUGGUGGCUAAUGCUGCGACCAGCCUCAACAGUAUGAAGGUGACAGGAGCAUGGCGUCGCCUAUCAAGCACAGUGAGCGAGUCCGUGGGCCUGAAGCACGCGCUGCGGCGGCUGCAGGCGGUCCCUGCGCGCGCGGCGCGGCUCGUGCACGCGCUCGUGGACCGCAUGCGCGUCGGCGGCGGCCCGCUAGUGUUCACGCAGCACGGAGCGCUGCGCGGCCGCCGCGUUGUCGCAAGAACCGCGCAGCAGACGCCGUACUACAGCUUCAAGGGCAUCAGAUACGCGCAGCCGCCGCAAGGCUCCCUGCGGUUCCGGCCGCCGGCGCCGCUGGAGCCGUGGUCCGGCGUGCGCGACGCCCUGGAAGAGGGCGCCGUCUGUCCCCAUCGCUUCAUGCUUUUCGACACUUAUAAGGGAGAAGAGGACUGCCUGUUCCUUAACGUGUAUUCGCCUGCUCUGCCGGAUAAGCUCACUGGGUACAACCCAAAGCUAGCAGUGAUGGUAUGGAUCCACGGAGGCGCUUUCGCGGUGGGUUCGGGCAACUCGUUCCUGUACGGACCGGACCACCUCGUGGGUGCCGGGGUCGUGCUCGUGACCUUGAACUACAGGCUCGGAGCCCUGGGCUUCUUGAGCCUGGGGAAUGAGGAGGUUUCUGGAAACAUGGGCCUUAAGGAUCAAGUCAUGGCUUUGAAGUGGGUUCGUGAUAACAUCGAGCACUUUGGCGGGGACCCCAAUAAAGUGACAAUCUUUGGGGAAUCUGCUGGUGCUGCCUCCGUGCAUCUUCAUAUGCUGUCACCAGCGUCAAAGGGAUUAUUCCAUGGCGCGAUAGCGCAAAGCGGACUGGCAACUUCACCGUGGGCGCUUGCACACGACCCGCUGGAGCGCGCCUUUGAGCUGGGCCGGGAGCUCGGCAUCGUCACCAAUAGCACUGCCGAACUGCUCGGCUACCUCCGAGCGACUCCAAGCGAGCUGCUUGUAAAGGCAGGUGCGCGGCUUGCUGGCGCGCCGGGCAAGACCGCCGACCUGGAAAACACUGUUGCACUGCCUUUCUUGCCCGCCGUCGAGUCACAGGUUGCUGAUGCGUUCCUGACGGAGCACCCUCGGACGCUACUGCCGGGCGCCGACGUGCCAUUCCUUACCGGCUACAACGCGCAGGAAGGCAUCAUACUCUUCAGACGUCUCCAGCGUUACCCAAAGUUACUCGGCGAGCUGGACCGUGAGUUCCGACGGGUGGUGCCGCCAGAACUGUUGCGCGACCCGGCGCGCGCGCUCAGCAUCGUCGACGGCAUCCGCGCCUUCUACUUCCAGCAGCGGCCCGUUAACGUGCGCAACAUCGACAGCUUGAUAGACCUAUUCACCGACGUGAUGUUCCUGCGCCCACUGCUGGACACCGUCCGCCUGUACGCCAACAGCACUCGCUCCAGCCCCACCUACAUGUACCGGUUCGCGUUCGACGGAGCCCUGGGGCUCUUCAAACGCAUGCUGGGCAUCAGCCACCCCGGCGCCUGUCACGGCGAUGAAAUGGGAUACCUUUUCUACUUCUCAAGGCUCAACUACAGACUCGACGACGAUUCUCCAGAGCUGGCAGUGUCGAGACGAAUGGUUCAGCUGUGGACGAACUUUGCUAAAACGGGGAACCCGACUCCUCCCGUGGACUACGAGUCAGUCGUGGACUUCACAUGGCUCCCGGUGAACGAGACAGCCCACAUCAACUACCUGGACAUCAACGGUAACUUCACCGUCCUCGAGGAUCCCGAGGAGAAGCGGGUCCGCUUCUGGGACUGGCUUUACGAGAACAACUCGGCCGUCAAAUCUUGAACGCAGGAAGACUUGACUUUAUAGUGUACAGUGUUUAGUGCGGACGCCAACAGUACUGUGACGCGCAAAGACGUGAAAGACCAGUGAUCUCAAUUCGUGAUGAGUGUGACACGUUAAAUUUCCUAUCAUCAACGGAUGAUCGUAAACUUUUGACGGAGCUCCAUUCCAUUUCCAGAAGGAACCGGGCCAUCGAGCUUCUGAGUGUUGUAAAUAUUGAAUGUAACUACUUACCGGUUUAAUUAAUUUAUGUCUUCGUAACUACCUUGUUGUUUAUGUUAAUGUUUGCUACUUACAAAUUAAAAUUAGCUAAUAAUCUUGCAUUGUAGAUAUAAAAUAAACGAAAAACAAAAUUGUA